UCAGGGGAUGGAAAUCGAGAGGAGCAGGAAAGAGCCUGGAGAAAAGACUGUCAUAUUUGCUUGGAAGAACCGCCAAAUCAGAGAGCAGGAAAGAUUUCAUUGGAGGAGCGCCUCCAAAGGCAACUGAUCCUGUCAUGUUGAAAGAAAAUUGUAAAUGUUCUCCCCAGAAAUUGUCCGCCCAUUGCAGCUGAUCGAACACACAAGCACCAAUACAGACACACUCUCUUGCUCUAUCAAGGCGCCCGGGAGAAGACUUACACGAGUCAGCUUUUGCGGACACACACACACGCGCGCGCGCGCGCGCGCACACACACACACACACUCGCGCGCCCGCGCGCCAAGCUGCGGGUUGUCCAGAGCCUGGAAACCGCAGAUUCCACUACGAAAGCUCCAGGGGCACUGGGAUAGGUGUCGCCUCCCAAACUAAAUCCUACUUCCCCAAACACUUUGGUGAAGAAAUGAAUCCAGUCCUUUUCGCCAGUGCCUCCAGGUCUGGGUUCUAUGUUGGACUCCAGACUCUUCGUGAAAGCCAGAGAGAAAGCGAACCGGCUGCUGGCUUCGGACUCUAAACAGUGCGCAGCUCGCGCGCGCCCGGGGGCCUCGGCCCUGAACCCGGGAAGGGCUCCUCGCGUCUGCCAGCCUCACCAUAGCGCAGCCAGGGGAGGCAUCCGGAGCUGAACCCGCGGCAGGUUUUUAGCAACAUGAAUGCAGGGUCUGGAUCUUACCUAUCAAGAGUUUAUCUCCAGCACCUAAUGCCUGGAAUCUAGGUUAAAUGUUUAUUUGGCUACUUGGCUACUGAUACAAGAAUACAAAAUGAAUAACUCAACAAAUUCCUCUAAUAAUGGCCUGGCUCUUAGCAGUCCUUAUAAGACCUUUGAAGUGGUAUUUAUUGUCCUUGUGGCUGGAUCCCUCAGUUUGGUGACCAUUAUUGGGAACAUUCUGGUCAUGGUUUCCAUUAAAGUCAACCGCCACCUCCAGACCGUCAAUAACUACUUUUUGUUCAGCUUGGCCUGUGCUGACCUCAUCAUAGGUGUUUUCUCCAUGAACUUGUACACCCUAUACACUGUGAUUGGCUACUGGCCUUUGGGACCUGUGGUGUGUGACCUUUGGCUAGCCCUGGACUACGUGGUCAGCAAUGCUUCAGUUAUGAAUCUUCUCAUCAUCAGCUUUGACAGGUACUUCUGUGUUACAAAACCUCUGACCUACCCAGUCAAGCGGACCACGAAAAUGGCAGGUAUGAUGAUUGCAGCCGCCUGGGUCCUCUCCUUCAUCCUCUGGGCACCAGCCAUUCUCUUCUGGCAGUUCAUUGUUGGGGUGAGAACUGUGGAGGAUGGGGAAUGCUACAUUCAGUUUUUUUCCAAUGCUGCUGUCACCUUUGGCACUGCCAUCGCGGCCUUCUAUUUGCCAGUGGUCAUCAUGACCGUGCUGUAUUGGCACAUAUCCCGAGCCAGCAAGAGCAGGAUAAAGAAGGACAAGAAGGAGCCGGUGGCCAACCAAGACCCAGUUUCUCCAAGUCUGGUGCAAGGAAGGAUAGUGAAGCCAAACAACAACAACAUGCCCAGCAGCGACGACGGUCUGGAGCACAACAAGAUCCAGAAUGGCAAAGCCCCCAGAGAGGCCGGGACUGAGAACUGCGUCCAGGGGGAGGAGAAGGAGAGCUCCAACGACUCCACCUCCGUCAGUGCUGUCGCCUCUAACAUGAGAGAUGAUGAAAUAACUCAGGAUGAAAACACGGUUUCUACUUCCCUGGGCCAUUCCAAAGAUGAGAACUCUAAGCAAACAUGCAUCAAAAUUGUCACCAAGACCCAAAAAGGUGACUCAUGUACCCCAACUAAUACCACCGUGGAGCUAGUUGGGUCUUCGGGUCAGAAUGGAGAUGAAAAACAGAACAUUGUAGCCCGUAAGAUUGUGAAGAUGACCAAGCAGCCUGCAAAAAAGAAGCCUCCUCCUUCCAGAGAGAAGAAAGUCACGAGGACGAUCUUGGCUAUUCUCUUGGCUUUCAUCAUCACUUGGGCCCCGUACAAUGUCAUGGUGCUCAUUAACACCUUCUGUGCACCCUGCAUCCCCAACACAGUGUGGACCAUGGGUUACUGGCUGUGUUACAUCAACAGCACCAUCAACCCUGCCUGCUAUGCUCUUUGUAAUGCCACCUUCAAGAAGACCUUUAAACACCUUCUCAUGUGUCAUUACAAGAACAUAGGCGCCACAAGGUAAAACAUCUUUGAUAAAGAGGAAGCUAGGAAAGGAUAUAAGAGGUAAAAGAGCUCCUAGUUUUAAAAUCUCUGCCAUUGCACUUUAUAGUCUAAUUAUGGACCUUACAAUUCAGGAGCCCAAUAGCAGUACUCUAACCAAGCCUAUGCUCCAGUUUGAGAAACUCACACCUUGUAAAACUGUUUAGGAGCAGUGGGACAAUGAAAGAGACAUGUUGGAAUUGUAGAUUCAAGGAAUUAUCUACGCUCUCUCCUACUCUCUUGAAGAAGGGCUUCUGCGUCUACCAUUUUAUCAGUCUGCACAAGAAGAAUAAACUCGUUCCUUUCCCGUUUCUUUUUGUUGUUGUUGUCUCAUGUGUCCAUUGGAGGAUGAAAUGUACAGUGACAUGCUUCCAUGGAGACGUAAACACAAGAACAAUAAACUCUAUCCAAGGAAGAAGUGAAGAAAGAAAAAUCACACAUACGAAAAGAAAAAGAAAAAAAAAGGAUACAGAAAUGAUCUCCAGAGUGUUAAGCAUAAUGUAUCUUUUUGUUAUGGUGUUAUUUAGAGGAUUUCAAUGUAAUAAAUGCUCUUAUUUUUUUUUUUCACCGUUCCUUUACCUACCAUGAAGAAAAAGCAAACAAACAAAAAAAUCCAACUAGGUCACAGCAUUUUUUUUUUUUCAAUUUAUGGUGUUAUUUUUUUUGUAAUUCUCUGCUCUGAGUUGUUUAUGGGCAAUCCUUGUCAGACUUUUGCUAAAUGCAGCAGGAGAUACCAUGAAAAUGGGCACUUCAGCCACCACCACUGUGUAUUUUGCAUUCUUGGGGGUAUAAAAUCCUAUGAGGAUUCAGUUUAUUUAUUAUCCUGUAUGUGAAAUGUUUCAACCAAUCUGUUUUUUUCCCUAAACAAGGUUUUUUUAUUUUAACAGAAUACCAUACCUAAAACUUAAAUAUGCUUGAGAAACCAAAGUCAUUGUAAGAUUUAGGUUUCAUUCAGUUAAUUAAUGGUCAAUGUAGUUGGGGAAAGUUUACUAAGACCAGAUGAAUUUUGAGAUGAAAACACUAGAAGUUUGAAUUCUGUUUCACCUUGAAUCUGCCUGAACUAAGUAUAACUGUGAACUUGUAAAACAUGAAAUUCUUCCUGACUUAGUCAGUAGGAAGGGAAUGUGGCAUUGUUCAUUUGGAAUCCUAUACAGGAUUGACAUCCCCACAUAGCACCAGGGUCUUCUGGGUCAGUCCCAUGAGUAUAAAACCUUCUAUCCGAAAUCUGCUAAAGAAACAUAUUUACAAUAUAAUCGGGCGAGGUUGUCUGAUACUAGCCUAUGACCCAGUGAAGGGAAAAAUGAAAAAUUCAAAAUCAUUUACUGAAACCAUAUGUUCCAUAUUCCUCAAAUUUCCAAAUCUCCCUAACAUUAUUUAAACUCAAAUUCUCCUAUCAGUAGAAUUAUAGUAAUCUUUGUGACAGAAAAACAGUGGAUAACUGAACAGAGGCCAAAUGAGCUCACAGAAGGAUUUGGGUGGCUAUUCCUUUGGUAUUUCUCACCAUCCAGUAGUAGACCGUAAAAAAGUCAUGUCAGGAGCUCUUGUUUAAAUGGUGGAAUUAUACAGAAUCUCGUCUGUAUAGAGACUUUUUAUUGGGUAGGCCAAAUAAAUAGAGGAUUAUGCUCA